CAGGCAAUUACAGAGGGAUUACCACCAGAGGCCUUCUACAGCACCGUUGCUACUGCAGCUCCAGCACGGCUUACAGCUGGAUCAGGGAAGUAAGCACCCGCAGUUGGUUAAAGAAGUUUGUUUUUCCUUUUUCUGGUGGAUUUUCAUAUUUUUAUUUUAGCGGUUCCUUUGAAAUGUUUUCACUCCCUACCGGCUGUGGUGGUCGUCAUUAAAGGUAGAAGUGUAUGUCUUUUUUUUUGUAAUCUUUGGUUCCGAACCAUCGUUUAUUAUGGAGCUACAUCAGUCGCGCGUGUGGUGUAAAGACUGGGCCUCUUUCCUCAGGCCGUGGAUACCCAUACUGCUGGGCCUGCACAUGCAGUUCUCCCGAGCGUCCAGCUCCAGCUGUCCGGAGGAGUGCCGCUGUGAUAGGUCCUUUGUUUACUGCAAUGAGAGAAGCCUGACGUCGGUGCCUCUAGGGAUCGGAGAGGGUUAUAAGACUCUUUACCUCCACAACAACCAGAUCAACAACGCCGGCUUCCCUUUAGAGCUUCACCACGUUGCCUCCGUCGAGACUGUCUAUCUCUAUGGUAACCAGCUGGACGAGUUCCCCAUCAACCUGCCCAAGAAUGUGCGGGUUCUCCAUCUGCAGGAGAACAACAUCCAGACCAUCUCCAAGGCCGGCCUGGCCCAGCUGCUGUGGCUGGAGGAGCUCCACCUGGACGAUAACUCCAUCUCCACGGUGGGGGUGGAGGAGGGGGCAUUCAGGGAGGCCGUUAGCCUCAAAAUGCUCUUCCUGACCAAGAACCACCUGAGCAGUGUCCCUAUUGGUUUACCAGUUGAUCUGAAAGAGCUGCGAUUGGACGAGAACCGCAUCGCGGUGAUUGCAGAGGAGGCGUUCAAGAAUGUGACAAGGUUAGAGCGCCUCCUUCUUGAUGGAAACCUGCUGACGGACGAGGGCGUGGCCCCUGGAACCUUUCAGGACCUGGUGACGCUCCGGGAGCUGUCGCUGGCACGAAACUCCCUCACUCACCCACCCCCGCUCCUCCCGGGGGACGUUCUGGUGAAGCUGAACUUUCAGGAUAAUCAGAUGAAUGAGAUCCCUGUGACGGCCUUCGCAGGGCUGAGAAAGUUGGAGAGGUUGGAUAUUUCUAACAACCAGCUGCAGUCCCUAACACAGGGGGUCUUUGACGGUCUCGUCAGCCUCAGACAGCUCACUGUUCGGAACAACCUUUGGCUGUGUGACUGCAGCAUUAAAUGGGUCAUACUGUGGUUAAAGUCUCUGCCAACCUCCCUCAACGUGCGUGGCUUCAUGUGCCAGAAGCCCGAGACGGUCCGGGGCAUGGUAAUCAGAGAGCUGAACACCGAGCUGAUCCAGUGUCCUUGCAGCACUGAGGCUGCCUCCCCGACCCCCCACCCACCCCCCACCUCGCCGGGUCUCACCUUCCCCUCCCGCUCCCCUCCUUUCAUCACGGACUCCUCCCCAGACACAAGGUCCCUCGCUUCCCCAUCCAGGUUUCCCUCCUCACCCACACGUCACCCCACUCUUCUUCCCUACUCCCCUCCCAGGGACGGGGGACAGAGGACUAACCUGCCGCCCCUGGACCCCAAGCGCGAGACCCUGAAGAUCAAGUUCACCAUACUCAACGAUUCAGCCAUCCAUGUCAGCUGGAUGGCCUCGUUCCCUGUCACAGCCUACAAGGUCACCUGGGCCAAGAUGGGUCCGAGCCUGUCAGGCGACACGGUCCGGGAGAGGAUGGUGGGAGGGGAGCACCGGGGCAUACGGCUGGUCAACCUCCAGCCCAAAUCUACCUACCGGAUCUGUGUCAUACCCCUAGAUGCAUUCAAUAACUAUAGGCCCAAGGAUGACACAGUGUGUUCAGAGGCCGUGACUAAACCGCUCUCCUACGGUCCGGAUAGUAAUAAAGGUCUGUCGGGGCCAGAGCAGGCUACCCAGCCGGAUCUCAGCUCCCCAUACCUCUAUGCUGGCCUCGUCGGAGGGGCCGUGGUUGUUGUCUUACUGCUUCUCCUCAGCAUAUUCUGCUGGCACACGCACAAGAAGGACAGGUCGUCCUCGACCAAGUGGAAAUACAACAAGGGCAGGAGAAAAGACGACUACUGCGAGGCAGGGACCAAAAAGGAUAACUCAAUACUGGAAAUGACUGAGACCAGCUUCCAGAUAGUGUCGCUGAACAACGAGCAGCUCCUCAAGGGAGACUACCGUAUACAACCCAUUUAUACCCCUAAUGGAGGCAUAGGCUUCAGAGACUGCCCUCUGGGGAGCAAUAGCACAGUAUAUUGCAAGAAUAAUGUUCGAGCAGAUGCAGACUUUUGCCAUACAUGAUGGUUUUGAAUAACAGAUUGUUCCAAAAACACACAAAAAACAUUUGUUUUAACAAGUACACUUAACUACAUACAGUACACUGUACAUUUCAAAGACCCCUGUGUCCAUGAUAUAAUUUGUAUACACCUGCUGGACUAUAAUGUUAAAUUCAGCUACCUUUUAUAUUCCCUUAGUAAACAUCCCAAUGGAUUCAUAAGUUAUUGAUUUUUCAAGUUGUUUUACUCGGUUUGCCGCUGAUUUGUACAAUCAUCUUUCUCUCAUUGUCCGGUAUUUAGCUUGGUUCUGAUUCGAACUCCACAAAGUCUGGACCAUUUCAAAGUGAAUUAGUCAGAGAGUGUACUCAUUGCUAUGAAAAUAUCAAAGCCAAUAAUGAAUCUACAUGCACGGUGUCCAUAACAGGUAUGGCUACAUCCCACGUGUUGGCAAAUGUGAAUUAAAAUAAAUGGUAUUUAUGCGAAAGAGACUUGUGUUGCUGUGGCAACUCGAUGUGAUAGAGAGAACCAAUAUGAGACCAGCCAUUCUGGAAAUUAUCUUUGGAGUGAAAGGUAUUCUCAGCGUAACAGAUAGUGAGGAAGAGAAAAGAGGUAGAGAGCAAAACAUAGUGAGAAAGAAAGAGAUCAGAAUCUGUGCGUUCAAUUAAAGAGGGCAGAACGUUCAAUGAUUGUCAAUGAUUAAUUAACUUUAUCUUUUUUUUAUUUUUUGGACUUUGCUGAGUACUGAAUAUUAGCUCUACCUACUAUUUGUAGCAACGCUGCAGUGAGUGACAUCUCUCUCAUCUCAUCACGGUCAUUUUUAUGAAAACACUUUACACGUUGGUCUUAGAUUGGGGUUGGCACACCAAGGCUCUUGAGCAGCAUUCAUUUAUUUAGCCUUCAUCAGCCUCUCCCCCACCCCUUAAACAAUGAAGCCAUGCCUGUGUUUCCUGGGGAGAACAAGUAUUUGAUACACUGCCAAUUUUGCAGGUUUUCACACCUACAAAGCAUGUAGAA